AUGAAGACGUUGAUGCGCCAUGGGCUGGCUGUGUCUUUAGCGCUCACCACCAUGUGCACGAGCUUGUUGCUUAUGUACGGCAGCAUCGGGAGCGGAGGCAGCGGUGGUGGCAGUGACGGUGCCGGUGGUGGCAGAUGGGCCUUAAAGGAACAAGUCCAGCAGCAGGUGGCGACGACGACCAGCCCCGUUCAGAAGCCGGUUAGCCAGCGGCCCUCGACUACAGCGUCCCGGCGACCCUUUUCCGGUCUGGCCGACCGUCUUUUGGAAGGCUACAUCAGCGUCCUGGAUCACAAGCCUUUGAAAAUGCAUUGCACCAGUUGUGCUCUAGUCACAAGCUCUGGACACCUUUUGCGAAGCCAUCAAGGAAAGAAGAUCGAUCAGACAGAGUGUGUAAUACGAAUGAAUGAUGCACCUACACGGGGAUUUGGAAAAGAUGUUGGAAACAAGACAACCUUGCGCGUUAUAGCUCAUUCCAGUAUCCAGAGAAUUUUGCGAAAUCGCAAUGAACUAUUAAAUAUGAGUCAUGGAACUGUAUUUAUCUUCUGGGGCCCAAGCAUGUACAUGAGAAGAGAUGGAAAGGGAUUAAUUUAUAAUAAUUUGCAACUGAUGAAUCAAAUACUACCUCAGUUAAAAGUAUAUAUGAUAUCUCGACACAAAAUGCUUCAUUUUGAUGACCUCUUCAAACAGGAAACUGGAAAAGACAGGAAGAUAUCCAACACUUGGUUAAGCACUGGAUGGUUUACAAUGAGUAUUGCAUUAGAACUGUGUGACAAAAUAGACGUCUACGGAAUGGUGCCACCAGAUUUCUGCAGGGAUUCUAAUCAUCCUUCAGUACCUUAUCAUUAUUAUGAACCACUGGGACCUGAUGAAUGUACAAUGUACAUUUCACAUGAACGGGGAAGGAAGGGAAGUCACCAUCGCUUUAUCACAGAGAAACGAGUCUUUGAGAAUUGGGCCCGGACUUUCGAUAUUCACUUUUUUCAACCAGACUGGAAACCAGAGGCACUUCCUGUCAAUCAUGCAAAGAUUAAACUAGUGUUCUGAGGAAAUAAUGCACAAGGGUGCAAUCACAAUCACUGACAGU